GUUAUUACCAAGUUUGCCUCAAUCGCACAAUCUGUACUCUUUCAUGGCCAGGGCUUCUUCUUCUGCUCCUCCUCGUCCAAUGAAUCAUCACGUUUUCUUGAGCUUCAGAGGUGAAGACACGCGCCUUAACUUCACCCCUCAUCUCCUCAAAGCUUUGGAAGCCAAGGGGAUGUCUGUCUUCUUCGAUGAAAAGAAACUGAAAAAAGGGGAGGAACUUUUACCAGCACUUUCUCAAGAAAUUGCAGCCUCAAAGCUCUCAUUAAUCGUUUUAUCUAAGGAUUAUGCCUCUUCGAAGUCAUGCUUGGCUGAAUUGUCUGAGAUCAUGGAUCGCAAACGCACUCAUGGGCAGAUUGUUCUUCCCAUCUUCUACCAUGUUAAUCUCUCCGAUGUGCAAAAUAUUGAUGGAAGUUUUAAGAUAUCCUUUGAUGACCAUGAAUCAAAAGGGCUAGAUCAAGUGCAGCAAUGGAAAGCUGCCUUUGAGCAGGUCGGUACAUUAGAAGGAAUUCAUGUAAAACUCGACAGACCUGAAACCGAGCACAUUGAGAAUAUCCUUGAACAUGUUAUACAAAUGUUGGUGAAGCAUCAAGUUUUCUUGAGCUCGGGUGCAGACACGCUACCCAGAUUCACCAGUCAUCUACUCAAAGCUUUGAGAGACAAAGGAAUAAAUGUCUUCCUUGAUGAAGAACGGAAAGAGAUGGAGCAACUUUCACCGGAUCUUUCUCAAGCAAUUGCAGCCUCAAAUCUCUCGAUAGUUGUUCUAUCUGAAGACUAUGCUUCUUCAAAAACAUGCUUAGCUGAACUCUGUGAUAUCAUGAACAGGAAGAACACUCAUGGACAUAUUGUUCUUCCCAUCUUUUAUCAGGUUGAUCCUUCCCAUGUGCGGCAUCUUGGUGGGAGUUUUAAGGCAUCCUUUGGUGAUCAUGAAUCAGGACUGGAUCAAGUGCAGCAAUGGAAGAAGGCCUUUGCUGAAAUCGGUAAAUUAAAAGGGUGGCAUAUAGAAGGAUGCAAAUCGGAUAGAGAUGAAACCGAGUACAUCGAGGAUAUUGUUAACAAUGUUAACACAAAAUUGAAGAAUAUCACAUAUAGAAGAGCUUCCAAAGAGUUGGUUGGGAUAGAAAAACAGAAAGAAAGGAUUUCAGAUAUGAUUAAGCAAAAAGACAGCCGUAUAAUAGGACUCUGGGGAAUGGCUGGUAUAGGCAAAACCACCCUUGCUGAAGCUGUAUACAAUGAAUUCUUUCUAUCAUUUGAAGGUCGUUGCUUUCUUCAAAAUGUUAGUGAGAAAAUAAAAAAACGAGGGAUGGAAUCUUUUCGAAAUGAACUUCUCUUCGAACUCAUAAACGAAAAAGACUUUCGUUUGGACACGCCUUCAAUAGGAUCCAGGUUUAUCCAAGAGAGGCUGAAAAAUAAGAGAGUAAUUGUUGUCCUCGAUGAUGUUAAUGACCCAGAGCAAAUAGAUGAUAUGGGUGUUAAACAUUUUGGUGAUGGAAGCAAAAUCAUUGUAACAUCGACAGACAGACAAGUGCUUCACAAUGGAGACGUUGACCAAAUACUUGAGGUAAAGAAGCUGAAUGAGAAGGACUCUCUUCAGCUUUUUUCUACAUUUGCAUUUAAGCGGUUGAAUCCUGCGGCUGAUUUUCAAGAUCUAUCGAACAAGUUUGUACGAUAUGCCAAAGGCUCUCCACUUGCCCUUAAAGUUUUAGGUUCUCAACUAUAUAAAAAGUCUAAGCAUGAUUGGAAAAGUGAGCUGGAUAGGCUAAACGAAUUUCCCCUGUCCAAAAUUUCACAGAUUUUGAAGAGAAGCUUUGAUGGGCUUGGUGACCUAGAGAAGAAUAUCUUCCUUGAUAUUGCAAUAUUCUUUAAAGGGGAACUCAGAGAAGAUGUAGAAGCAAUUCUAAGCAGUCGUUAUAAUAAGGGUGCAGUGUGUGCAAUUAGCAGCAACUUGGUCGACAAGUGCCUGCUUGAUAUCGCACCUUCUGGACAUAUUUCUAUGCAUGAUAUGCUUGAAGAGAUGGCCAAGGAAAUUGUUCUCCAAGAACCAAAAAGCCCUGGAAAGCGCAGGAGGUUAUGGAGUCCUAAUGAUGUGGUUCAAGUUCUCAGAAAUAAUAAAAGGAGUGGAUCAAUUGAAGGAAUAAAGUUAGACAUCUCUCAAAUUGAAGUUGAUGACCUACAGGUACUUCCUACUGUUUUUGAGAACAUGCCGAAUCUUAGAUAUAUCCACUUCUGUGAAGGUGAGGAGAAGUUACUUGCAAACGAAGUUGAUAUUGCAUCCCUUCCUAAUGAGCUAAGGUAUCUUAAGUGGGAUAAAUACCCCUUCAAAUCUUUGUCCUCAAGUUUUAAUCCAAAGAAUCUCGUUGUACUGAUAUUACAUAACGGCAACAUGGAACAACUUUGGAACGAUGAUCAUGAGGGUCUUGUUAAUUUGAAGAAAAUUGACCUUCUUUUUUGCAAGAAUUUAAGGAAGAUGCCAAAUCUAUCGGGAGCCAUCAACCUUAAAAUCCUUGACUGUAGGUCAUGCAAAAGGUUGGAUGAACUUCCUUGCCUUGAUCAUUUGGAAUCUCUUGAAAGACUUGACCUUUCUGGUUGCAAGAAUUUAAGUAAGAUUCCAAAUCUAUUAGGAGCCAACAACCUUAAAAUCCUUGACUGUAGGUCAUGCAAAAGUUUGGAUGAACUUCCUUGCCUCAAUCAUUUGACAUCACUUAAAACCCUCCGAUUUGAGGGAUGUUCUAAUCUCAAGAAGUUUUCUGAGUUAGAUUUAUCAAAUACUGAAAUAGAAGAAAUCUCUGAUUCAAUUGAGCAUCUGGUUGGACUUAGAAAGUUGAGGUUGAGGAACUCAAAGGUGAAAAAUGUAUCAAGCAAUAUUAAAGAGUUGAAAUCCCUGAAUACACUGGAUCUCGGUUAUUGCAAAAGUCUUGAAUCAUUUUCAGAGCUUCCACCAUAUCUGUGGUGCUUGGAUGCAAGUGAAUGCACAUUAUUAGAAAAAGUAUCCUUCUCAGAUCAUAAUCUAUAUCGAUCCAAUGCUUUUUGUGAUGGUGAUGAUGGCCAUCAUAAAGAAAACGUUUUUUGUGAUACUGAUGAUGCUCCUCAUAAGGAAACUGUUUUCAUGUUAUUCUCGAAUUGCAAAAGCCUGAAUCCUGAUUCGAUUAAAAACAUUGAGACCACUGCCAUGCUUCAAAUUCAAUCCCUAGCACAGAGAUGUGCAAGGAGGGAAAAGAGAAGGGAAUCUUGUCUUCAAAAGAAAUUGUUUUGCUGUUUCACAGGAAAUGUAAUUUCUGCAAAUGAUUUCGUGGAUCAAAGCGUGAAUUCUUCAUUAAAUUUGGAAAUAUCCCGGAAUGAGUGUAGUGGGAGCAGAGCCUUGGCUUUUGCUAUCUGCCUUGUGGCCAAUCUCACGUGUGGAAACAGAGAUCUUGCAUUUAUCUGUAAAUACCAACUGAGAGUCACCGGUAAAGAGCAGUUCAGAAAAGAAUGCCGGCUAGAUUUUCGUAAGUGCCAGAGCUUGGCCGGUGAUCACGUGUUCAUUCUGUUUAGUGAGGAUAUGAUUAUAAUAGAUGACGACUAUGAGAAGGCAUCUUUUGAAUUCUACAUCAAAUAUGAUAGCGGUGAAGAAGAUGAUAUCCAAGUGCAAAAAUGUGGUGUUCAGGUAUUAUAUAUUGAGAAAGUCCAUGCUGAUUCUGCUACAAACAAAAGACGGUUCUGCUAUGAUAUUGAAGAAGGGGGUAGAGGGUCUAAAAGAUUGAAAUAGUUUAUUUCUUUAUAUCUUGGGCCUGCUUUUGAGUAGAUACAAGUUCUCAAUAAUGUCAUCUAAAUGCAUAGAUUAUGAGUGGUUGUGAUAUCUUCUUUCCCAACAACAAAAGAAGUUACCCACGGAAUUGCUGGUCUUAAAAGUCAAGGCUGUGACUGAAGCAAAAUGUUCAUUUUCCUCACCGUGUAGCCGUGUUUUUUUUUUACCUAUUGAGCUUUAAGGUGAUGUAAUAUCAGUUGGCUUUUAAUUUGAUAUGAUGAAGGGAAUGAAGAUGCAAGUGAUUGGUGUAAGGAAACCAGAUGAUGAAACAGAUUGAGGAACAAAUAGUCUUUUAAUUUCGUCGACCGAGUGCAUGUUUUAUAUUGGGCUUCAACUCAACUUGUUAACAGAUUGAGGAACAAGUAAGCUUUUAAUUUCUUCUAAGCUUUUAUGUUCAAACAACGAGCAAGGUUUCUCGGAAGCUCAGCUUGGAAGGAGUUGUUGGCAAGAACCGAUACCUCUAUACGAUGCAAUCAAGUAACUUCUUGGGGAAUUGGACCAAGGAAGUUUUCUUGUUCCCGAGAUCGAUCACUGUAAGGAAUGUAAGGUUGGCUGUGUAAGGAGAAAGGUCACCUGCCAACUUGAGUGAUGAUAGAUGGAGGGCGGUUACUCUUCGAUGCUGUCAACCACACGUCACUCCAAGCCAGUUGCAGAAAUAGAAUCGUUCCAGGAGAUGAAGACCUUGUAAGGAUCAACUAGUACUCGAGCCUCGACGGCAAGCAAUGCUUGUAUUUCAGUCUCAUUCCAUGUUGCCCUGGAUUUGACGUGAUCCAGCUUACAAAGAAUGCAAAAAACGAAAAGAGAGAAGUUUUGAGAUCAUAGCAUUAGUAGGCAAAUUCAAAUAGCAAUGCCUCUCCAUCAGUAUUUUCUUUUCAUUUCCUUUUGUUUUUUUGUUUGCAUUGCCCAAUUUAUAUGGAAAUGAGUCUCUAAGGUGCUCCUGGUGACAGUGGAUUUAAUGACAGUAGUAGUGGUGGAUCUGAAGGAUUUG